AUUUAUACUCCAUUGUUGGUCUUCUUCAAUCUUUAACAAUGAAUGGAUCCGACAAUACCACUCCGUCCCGACCAUGGUCGAUAACUCAGCCUUCACUUGCCUUCUCCUCCUUGCCCCCAUUGAGCCCUUCUCCGUCGUCAUCCCGUCGCAAUUCAUUACCAUUGAUGAAUCCGUCAACUUCUAUGGAGAGUAGAGACUCUUCCAUGAGGUUUAAGAAAAACUCUUUAUUGCCUCCUUUGGGUGUGAAGAAAAUAGCACCCAAAGAUAUUGGACCCCUAAAGAGACACUACAGGAGUGUUUCAAUGGAUAGUUGUUUGAGUGACUUACUGAAGCUAACUCCUUCUCCGGGUAACACUCCAUCUUCAAGAUUGGUUGAUGGAGACCAGAAUGCUUCCAGGCUAGAGUUUGAUGCCAAUGAUUAUACUGAUGAUGAAUUGAAUAAGAUAGCAAAGAGUAACAAACUUAAAGAGGUUGCAUUGGAUCCUAAGGAAGUCAGAAGAAUCUUGAAGAAUCGAGAGUCCGCAGCACAUUUAAAGCAGAAGAAGUUACAGUAUAUGAUUAACUUGGAACACAGAAUAAACUUUGUUGAGAACGAAAAUGCUUCAAUAUUUGAAAAGAUCAAGCUUUUGGAGAAUGAUAAAACAAUGAUGAUGAAUGAGAAGAAGGAAAUCAUGAUUCGAAUUGAAUCGAUGGAGAUACAGGCACAACUUCGGGAUGUCUUGACUGAACAUUUGCACGGAGAAAGUGAAAGGCUAAAAGCUGCAUUAAUUUCGAACGAAAAUGGGAAUGGAAAAGUCCAAAAGCUAAGGAUGGCAACUUGUGAAGUAUUGCAGAACCGUCAUGAAUUCGACAAAUCAAACAUGGAAGUAAUGGACUCAAACAUGAUCAAUUGGUCGCAACCAAACCCUGGUUUUAAUGGAUGAA